AUGGACAUUCCAAAUCAGAGUAUUAAAAAAAGAUAUACUCAGCAAAAUAACAACAAUAGUGAUAUUAUAGAGGAGGACACACUUAACAUUAUUCAAUUAAAUAAGCAAAGGGGUAAAGCUCCAAGUUCUCUUCUGGUCCACAAGGCUAAUGAGCUUAAGACAGAUUUGGUUUUGAUUCAGGAACCAUAUAAUAUAAAUAAGGAAAUAAUUGGACCGGGAAGUUGGCUACUAUUGUACAAGCCUACGGACAAAACCCCCAAAACUUGUAUUGGGGUCAGGAACAAAAAUAUAGACAUAGCUCUGAUUCCUGAAUUAUCAUCAAGCAUUAUUACCACUGCAAUAAUACAGACUAAUAUCAAAGUAUUCUUACUCAAUGUUUACCUCUCGCCUUACAUGGAAGAUGAGAAGGGUGUGGAGGAGAUCGCUAAUGUACUUAAGAAGAUUAAUUCGAGAAACAUAAUUGUAGCUGGGGAUAUAAAUGCGAAAUCGCCUGUUUGGUACAACAUCCAAGAAGAUAAAAGGGGAAGAAUGAUAGUCGAUCUUAUGAAAGAAUACGAUCUUAUCUCGGUCAACAUGUCUGACCAUCCGACCUUCUUCACGGCACAGGCGAGGGGAUGGACGGAUGUCUGUCUUAUGACAAAUGAAUUGGCUCAGAACAUCAAGAACUGUGAGACGCUACUGACAAUAACGGCAAGCGACCAUAGAAUCAUAAGUACUCAAAUUGGUACUAUGAAGCACAGGAGCCAGAGGCAAAUUAAUUAUGUUAAACAUAUAAAUUGGGAAUUAUUUAAAAGGCUUUUCAACGAUAAUUGGACAAACACGGGAAAUAAGUUUACCAUCAGCGAGGGGACUAGUGUCUAUAUAUACUGUUAA